GUUGAUUUAGCGGAAACUUUUCCUCCCUGCUGCUGUUGAGAUGAAGUCGCUUCCGGGGCCAGCAUUUGCCAGCAGUUAACAUGGCGGAGGAGCUGCUGGAAACAGUGGACAGACUUCAGUCCCGGCUCAUGGAGAGCCCGGAGCCGCGAAAGCUCCUCAAGACGCUUAAAAGACUCGACGAGGUGCCGAUGACCGUCGACAUCCUGGUGGAAACUGGAGUGGGAAAAACUGUGAACUCUUUUCGGAAACAUGAAGUAGCCGCCGAGGUGGCCAAAAACCUGGUAGCCAAGUGGAAGAAGCUCGUCCCGCAGUCGGCCGACAGUCGAAGCAGCAACAGUCUCGUGAAAGAUGCACCGCGGUCACAUUCUCGAGACGCCGACAUGGCCGUCCGUAGACGCCGGCGUGAACACUCCCCCGAGGAAGAGGAGCCUUCCUACGUCCAAGACGAGGAAGACGAAGGAGGGGAGGAGGAAGAAGAGGGGCGAGGCUAUCGCACCGACGGCUCCCCCUCGCCACCCCGCCACCGGCGAUACAGCCCCCCGCAGCCAGCGAGCGACCGGUCGGACAGGUUCGACAGCCCCGAGCCCGAGCCCGAGCCAGAGCCAGAGCCCAGCCCUCCCCCUCCCCGUCUGCCGCCGCUUCCCCGCAAAGACCACAAACACGUCAAACACGGAACGCUCGACAGAGCUGACAAGAACCGCCGCCGUCACGCCGACCUCCCGCCCUCGAGCCGCGGCGACGGGAAGAAGCGGAGCGCCGCCAGAGAGCGCGGCCCGGCCGCAAAGUCCGCCAAGCGCGACAGGAAGUCGGACGGGAGCAAGCGGGAGGAGGCCAGCAAGGAAGAUGAAGGGCGACUGCAAGCGCAGAAGCACUGGCCCGGCAGCGAGGAGGACAACGAGGAUUUUGAGACGCCCACCAUGUCCUUCGAGUCCUUCCUCACGUACGACGCGCCCACGUCUUCCGUUAAGAAGAAGAAGAAAAAGAACGCACCGGCAUCCUCGUCCUCGUGCGGUCGCCCUUCUCGCUCCUCCUCGACGACGACGACGACGACGACUUCCCGUCGCGCCGCUCGGCCUGACGCGUCCUCGUCCUCCAAAGGGAGCAAAACCAACGGCGCUCAGAGCGCAAAGAGGUCUCGCACGGGGUCGGCUUCGGCCGCGCCGGAAAAACGCAAAAGGGCGGCGGAGGCCGUCCCGCCUCUUCCCGAAAUGCCGCUGCCGGCCAUCCAGCCCGAUUACCGACCGCUGCCCUCCAUCGACGUCACGCCGCUGUCGCCGCAGCGGCGGAAAGGUCCCGUCUUCAGCGACGAAGACGACGCCGGCUUCACGGGCAAGCGCUUCAACUCCAAGAUGGUGGUCUACUCGGGAUCCAAGACCGCCUACCUGCCGCGGAUGAUGACGCUGUACGAGCAGUGCAUCCGCGUGCUGCAGAACAACAUCGACUCCAUCGACGAGGUGGGGGGGGUCCCCUUCGAGAUCCUGGAGCCCGUCCUGGAGCGCUGCACGCCGGAGCAGCUCUAUCGCAUCGAGCAGAGCAACCAGUGGUUCACGGAGGACUCGGACGAGCUGUGGAUGCGCCACUGUCAGCGUGACUUCAAGCGCGAGACGCCGCAGGAGUACGAGUCCUGGCGGGAAAUGUACCUGCGGCUGCACGACGAGCGGGAGGCGCGCCUGCGCAGGCUCACGCAGAACAUCAGCAUGGCGCACGCCAACAAACCCAAAGAGCGGCAAGUCAAGAUGGCCUUCGUCAACUCCGUGGCCAAGCCGCCUCGUGACGUCCGCCGCCGCCAAGAAAAGUUUGGGACCACCAACGGCUCUUCGGCCGCCUCCGUCGCUGCCGCCACGCCCAUCAAAAUAAGACCGGCCACCAUCGACUACUCCGGCGAGUCCAGUCACUCGUCGUCGUCGUCGUCGUCUCUGCUCAACCCUUCCCCCGGGUCGUCACGAUCCUCGGCAACCGGCGCGGGUGGACCCGCGUGCCGGGACAAACCGCAAGUCAAAAAAAUCGCCCCCAUGAUGGCCAAAACUAUCAAAGCUUUCAAGAACAGAUUCUCACGCCGAUAAAUGUUUGGAAUUGAACGCUUUUACCAAAGGCAGCGAGCGUCCUUGAAACAUAUUUCCAACUGAACGUGAACUCUGUGGGGUUGGUGGGAAAAAGGGCAGAGCUUUUAUUUAAUUUGGGCUCUUGGGGGGGGGGAAGAUAUUUAAAUGACAGUCGUGUCAGUGGGGAAACAAAAAAAAAAAGUUUUUUUAGGAAGCCAUUGCACAAACCUACACCAGACAUGACGGGGGCUAAGUGAUAAUUUAAGUGUGACUGCAAUGUCCGCAUAAAAUACUCAUUUGGAGCCACAAAAUACAAAACUGCGGCUACCGAUUAGAUGUAACCAGCUCACGAAAUACUCAUUUCAUAUUAUUAUUCCUGGUUAGCUGGCUAGGAAAUGGAGCGCACCCUCUGUAUAAAUUGUAACGCUAGAGGAUGGCUAAGGUGCGCUCCAUUUGCUUACCCAGAGGUCCAAGUUGUUCAUAGGAAUCAUGUUAAACCCACAAAUGAGUAUUUCAUGCGCACAUUAUAUCUAUUUCGUGCCCACAAUUGAGUAUAUCAUGUCUGGAGCUCUGUAGACACUAACAUUGUUUUUAAAAAAAUAUAUAUAUAUUAAGGAUGGGCCAUUUGUUUUUAUGAGUACAACAUGAAUUUACUUUUGGUGGAAACAUGAGCAUUGUGUCUUUUAAAUCAAGUGACUGCUCCAAAGUAACACAAUUCAGCAUUUGGCUUUUUUGGUGGGAGGCAAAAGGAUCAACGAGCUCUGCUGUCCAGCGUGCGUGCGUCCUGUGUGUAAAUAUCCACUUGAUCUGCUUCACUGUGACCAACCAGAAGAUGAGGAAUCAGGAAAAAUGCCCACCACAAGCUUGAUUUUAAGAAAUGUAUUUAUGACAUUAUUAACCACGUAGACCAGACGCCCCUGCUCAUCUUUGGCGCGUAAAAAGGAAUUAGAUGGCAAACCUGCAAUUUUAUUAGAUUUUAAUAAAUGUUAUAUGGUCCUUUUUUUAUUAAAUUUGACUUUUUUUGCCCAAA